GCUGGAGGCAGCGCGCGGGGGCCGGCCGUCCCGAGAGCUGGAGCUGCCGGUGGGGAACAUGUCGGAUUCGGAGCUCGGCAGGAAGUGGGACCGGUGCUUGGCCGAUGCGGUUGUGAAGAUAGGUACUGGUUUUGGACUAGGAAUUAUUUUCUCCCUUACCGUCUUUAAAAGAAGGAUGUGGCCACUAGCCUUUGGUUCUGGCAUGGGAUUGGGGAUGGCCUACUCCAACUGUCAGCACGAUUUCCAGGCUCCAUAUCUUCUUCAUGGAAAAUUUGUCAAAGAGCAAUGACCUGAGACCAUCCCAGUGGGAAGAAAAAGAAAUCGUGUUUAUUCCUCAGGAAUAUUAUUGAAGUGCCCUGGUGUCAGCUGACAUUCUUCUGAACAAUGUGAUCAGUAAUAUACUCCAGCACACUGUUUAUGCAUUUGAAACCAAGUCUGUUUCUUGUUUUGUAUUUUCUCUCUGGAAGUUGCAAGGAGGUGGUCUUAUGAUCUUAAAGGAAAUAAACAAAAUAGGAAGCCCAAA